GUGCCGCAGUUCCUCCAGAAGCUCUACGAGAUCGUGAACGACCCGAGCAACAACGACAUGAUCAGAUGGUCGGACAACGGCGACUCCUUCGUCGUGCUCGACCACGAGCGCCUCUCCCGCGAGGUCCUGGGACGCUGGUUCAAGCACCAAAAGUUCGCCUCCUUCGUCCGCCAGCUCAACAUGUACGGCUUCCACAAGAUCCCCCACCUCCAGCAGGGCGUCCUCAAGAGCGACUCCGACACCGAGAUAUGGAACUUCGAGCACCCCCACUUCCAUCGCGGACAGCCCGACCUCCUGUGCUUCAUCCAGCGCAAGAAGCAGGCCGCACAGGGUGGCGCCCCCGAAGAUGCGAUCCUCCUCGACAUGAACUCCAUCGUCAGUGGCAUCGCCGCCGUCAAGCGCCACCAGCAGGCGAUCUCCGCCGAGCUGAACGAGCUCAAAACCUCCAACCAGCACCUAUGGCAGGAGGCCCUCGCCGCGCGCGAGCGCCACAAGGCGCAUCAGGACACCAUCAACCGCAUCCUCAAAUUCUUGGCCAGCGUCUUUGGC